UCCAUAACACUCCACACUUUACUUUCUUACACAACACAAGAACCAGAAAAUAUCUAAACUAAACCCAUGUCUGAAUACAGUUUCUGUUUCUCCACAAACAUGUUAAGAGUUUAUGUAAUACUAGUGAUAUGUAUGCAUGUUUGUUGCGCGUCUAGUGAUUGUACAAGUCACGAUGAACACGACGUUGUGUCACAAGAGGAAGCAGAGAGAGCAACAACGCUGAAGCUCGGUUCUAUCGCUUUGCUUCUUGUAGCAGGAGGAGUCGGCGUGAGUCUACCGUUGAUAGGAAAAAAGAUCCCGGCGUUACAGCCGGAGAAUGAUAUCUUCUUCUUGGUGAAAGCCUUCGCCGCAGGAGUGAUCCUAUGUACAGGGUUCGUCCAUAUACUACCAGACGCGUUCGAGAGACUAAGCUCGCCUUGUCUUGAGACCACUGCAGCUGGCAAGUUCCCGUUUGCUGGCUUUGUCGCGAUGCUGUCAGCGAUGGGGACGCUUAUGAUCGAUACGUUCGCGACGGCGUAUUACAAGAGGCAGCAUAGUAUGGGGAACAAGCAAGUGAGCGUGGUUGAGGAUGAAGAGCAUGCGGGUCACGUUCAUGUCCAUACUCAUGCGAGUCAUGGACACUCGCAUGGGUCGACGGAGUUGAUCAGGAGACGGAUUGUUUCUCAGGUUCUUGAGAUUGGGAUAGUAGUGCAUUCGGUUAUAAUAGGGAUAUCUCUUGGAGCUUCACAGAGUAUUGACACUAUAAAGCCGCUCAUGGCUGCACUUUCUUUCCAUCAGUUCUUCGAAGGUCUUGGCCUCGGUGGCUGCAUCUCUCUCGCGGAGUUACAGUCCAAAUCAACAGUGAUAAUGGCGGCAUUUUUCUCAGUGACGGCGCCUCUGGGGAUAGGGAUAGGUAUGGGGAUGUCGAGUGGUUUAGGCUACGGGAGAGAGAGCAAAGAGGCAAUCAUGGUGGAAGGAAUGCUGAACGCUGCAUCAGCUGGGAUACUCAUUUACAUGUCACUCGUUGAUCUUCUUGCUCCUGACUUUGUUAACCCAAGAUUGCAAUCUAAUCUCUGGCUUCACUUGGCUGCUUUCCUCUCCCUCCUCCUCGGGGCUGCUUCAAUGUCUCUCUUAGCCAUUUGGGCGUGAUACAUUGUGUCCACAGAUACUAGCAAGCAAACAAGCACACAAUGCUGCUCUUUUUUCUUUCUCUCAAAUCUGUAAUCUUGGAAUCAAUACUAUUCUGUUUUGAACUCAA